AUGAUUCCACCAGGGGAAUGUCUGUAUGCUGGGAGGAAAAGGAGGAAACCCAUUCAGAAACAAAGGCCUGCCAUUGGGAAUGAAAAGUCUAAUCCUUCUAAGAGACAUAGGGACCGUUUGAAUGCUGAAUUAGAUCAUCUGGCCAGCCUCCUGCCUUUCCCACCUGACAUAAUAUCUAAGUUGGACAAACUUUCUGUCUUGCGCCUUAGUGUCAGCUAUCUCCGAGUCAAAAGCUUCUUUCAGGCCAUUCAAGAAAAGCACUUUAGGAAGCAAGUUGGUCACACAAUAAAAGACCAUCUAUCCAGUGAGACUGCCAUACCAGAAGGUGGACUUCUACUAGAAUCACUGAAUGGUUUUGCCUUGGUGGUGAGUUCAGAUGGAAUGAUAUUUUAUGCAUCAUCAACUAUUGUGGACUAUCUAGGCUUUCAUCAGACUGAUGUAAUGCACCAAAAUAUAUACGAUUACAUUCAUGUGGAUGAUCGCCAAGAUUUCUGUAGACAACUGCACUGGGCCAUGAAUCCUCCACAAUUAGUGUCUGGACAACAAUUGCAGACAGAAACAGGAGAAGAAUACAUUCUCAGUAAGUUGUUUAAGGCACAAGAGUGUGACAGCAUGCCAACAGAUUAUUCUUCCUUUUUAACUCGUUGUUUCAUCUGUCGAGUCCGCUGCCUGUUGGACAGUACUUCCGGUUUCCUUACAAUGCAGUUUCAAGGUAAACUGAAGUUUCUCUUUGGACAAAAGAAGAAGUCCUCUUCAGGAACAAUAUUACCACCUCAGCUGUCCUUAUUCUGCAUAGUGGCACCACUUCUGCUCCCUUCUGUGACAGAGCUGAAGAUGAAAAGUCUGUUUGUGAAAGCAAAACACAAAGCUGAUGAUGCAUCCACAAUGGAUACAAAUUCAAAUGCUAUUUCAGGUCUAUGUGAAACAGAAUUACAAGGAAGAACCAGUUACCAUGAAGGUGCAGCUUUCACUAAUGUGUUACAAAAUGCUGAAAACCAGAUCAAAGCAAACAAUGGAGAAAAUGGCAUUUCUCUAUUCAAAGUACUAAAAAAUGAAGAUCACUGGGUCUGGGUACAAGCUAAUACUCAAGUUCUGUACAGGACUGGCUGUUCAGAAUACGUCAUUGCCUCACAGCAAGCUCUAAAGGAAGAAGAUGUGCACCUGAAGGUACCAAAGAACAUCACAAGUUUGAAAGGACACAAGGAAGCACUUAACUAUAACUGUGCCAUUGAAACUUUGGGACAGAUGAAGCAUCUUAACUGGACAGCUGUAAAAAAUGAACAGGAUAGCAUAAAAGUGAAAUUUGAACCUAAUACAAAUGACAAGUGUUUCAUGCAAGAGGAAUCUCUCAAUUCUAACACAUUACUUUUAGGUAUCCAAAACAACUGCAACACAAACAACAUUUGGACUUUAAAAAAUUCAUCAAGUUCUUGUUCUGAAAAUCAACGCAUGAAUACAUGUCCGAGCAGAAAAGUUGGACCAUUCUGUAACAGAGAUCAAAGUCUUUUAAAUUUAGCAUCAACCUGUCCUUCCCACUGGGGAACUACAGAAAAUUGCCAGUCUUAUUCAGGCUUACAGCAAUUUACAGUGGAGAACUACACUACAGAUCCUGUGAAAUUACAACGUCCACUGAUGUACCCAGAAACUCUAUGCGACACAGUAUUUCCUCUAGAUAUGCCCAUCAAAACUGAAUAUGAUUCUGAUUCUGAAAAUGUAGCUGAUAGCUACAUGAUGUCACAAAGUCGAGUGUGGCUGGAUGAGAAUGGUAUGGUGAAAAAGCAGCUGAUUGGCUACCCUAACACGGUGCACCUUAAAACAGAAUCGGACCUCAGUGAGCAACUGUCUCCUUGUCAAAAACCAAAGCACUGUGCUUACACACCACACAAUUGGCAGUGCAUUGUAACAAAUCAUACCAACAAUAUAAAUAUAAACAGACCAUGUAAAGGGUUACAUAACAAAGAGAUGACACAGAUUUGCCCCCAGAACUCUGCAUGUUUGGAAAGCAUCCAUGACUUUCAGCGUACAGACUUCUACAAUCAGUUCUAUAACCCCAAUUCAGUAGAAGAGAAAGAGCAGAAUAACCAGAUUUUUAAGAUGCAAUGUGAGUUUAAAAAUCCCUGCUUGGUUCACACAAUCAAGCGUGAACCCUUGGAUUCUCCACCAUUGUCUGAUAAUGGGCAGGAUGGAAUAGAGAUGAUCUUCCCUGAAAAUGCAUUACCAGGUCCUGUGCCUCAUAAAACAACGGACUGUACAUUUUUACAAUAGAUUUUGUAGCAUCUGGAAUAUUUAUGAUAUUGAAAAACAAGAAGAAGUUGUAGAUUAUCUUCCUGUUGGACUACAUGAGUAACUACAAUUAAAAACCAAAGAGAAAAGAUUUAAAAAAAUAUUACUCUUUUUAGUGAUCUUUGGAAAUCUUUGGAGUGAAGUAAAACCACAGAUAUCAUGGCAAAGUGCUAAUUCAGACUUCCUAUAGGUAUACCAGUUUAACUUUUUCAAGCUUCUCCUCUUAUCUGUUGUAUAUCUGACUGCAUUAUUAACGUAUAUCUUCCUCUUGCCUUUAUUCUAUUGUUCAUGGCAUGAUGUGGGUGAAAUCCUGGCCUCAAUGGGAAGUCAAUGGCAAAACUCCUAUUGACUUCACUGAGACCAGCCUUUCAAUCUGUGAAUCUAAGGUCUAUAUUUUUAUUUUUAGUUUCUCCAGUGAAAAGGAUCAGCUAUUGCCUUCUCCCCACAUUAAUUUAAUCACCUUCAGGCAAGGGCUUCUCAAAUCACAAUUGCUUAAUUUAUAGGAAGACCAUUCUAGUGAUAGACUCAGGGACCUCAAUCUAUUUAGCUUGACGAAUAGAAGGUUAAAGGGUGAUCUGAUCACAGUCUAUAAGUACCUACACAGGGAACACAUAUUUAAUAAUGGAUUCUUCAGUCUAACAGAC